UCACGCCACACACGCACAUACUCUGCUUUUGACCGCCGCUCACACGCAAAAAUACACACACAAAACCCUAGAGCUUUUCACAAUUCACCAAUUAACAUCGAUUUUCCGGCCAAAACGUUCACUUUUCGACGGAAAUUUCAAAUUCAAUGCCGGAGAACGCCGAUUUGCCGGACAAUCACCGGUGCGCGAGGACAGACGGCCGAAAAUGGCGGUGCAAACGCGAAGUUUCCGCCGGUAAGCGUUACUGUGAAGAUCACUUUGUUCAGCUCCAUAAGAAAGGUCAGAAGAAGAAGAAGGGGAGGAAUCAGGAGGAUAAUUCUCGAAAAACCGGAGAGAAAUCGAAAGUGAAAGUGGAAAUAGACAAUAAUGGGAGUAAGAAGCGAUCAGCGAGUGAGGCGUUAGACGAGACGUUGAGGAAGAUGAAGUUGAAGAAAGGAGAUAUACAGUUGGAGUUGAUCAGAGAGUAUUUGGUUCGAAAAGUCGAGAAAAAGAAGGAGAAAGAUAUGGAGGAGAGGAGGAGUGGACUGAAUAAUAUAAUGAAAGAGUUGCCGAAUGGUAGGAUGGCGAUACCAGUGGAAUCUCGAGAGAAAUUUGAUAAUGUAGGUCCUUAUAAUGUGAAGUUGGGGGUGAAUUGUAAAAGUAUUGAAAGGCGGAAUUUUAGGUCGAAGAAUGUGGAGCCGAUUCCUGUUUGUACAAUGCAGAUAUUACCGCAUGUUAAAGAGACUGUGAAGUUGAAACAAGGGAAGAGGAGAAAUUGUCAUUGGUGUCGAAAAAGUAGUUAUCGUAUACUGGUUAGGUGUAAAAGUUGCCAAAAGGAAUCGUUUUGUGAAGAUUGUAUAGAAGAAAGGGGUUUUAUUAGGGAAGAAGUUAGAAUAGCUUGUCCAAUUUGUCGCAAAACAUGCAGAUGCAGGGCCUGCUCAAUCUCAAAAUCCAAGGACUUUGAACGCAAGGAAACUACUAAGGAUGCAGAGAAAGUUGAGAAAAUUCGGCAGCUUUAUUAUAUCAUACAAUUACUUCUUCCUGUUAUGGAAAAGAUGAACAUGGAGCAGAGAAUUGAGCUUGAAACAGAAGCUAAAAUAAAAGGAGCAAAACGCUAUGAAAUUCCUCAGAUUAAAGUAGGCUGCAAGAACUUUGUGUGUUGUAACUGUAAUACUUCCAUAAUAGGUUUCUACAGAAGCUGCAAAAGCUGUUCCUAUAAUCUGUGUUUAAGUUGUUGUCAUGGGUUCCGUAAGGGAAAAUUAACUGGAAGUAUCCAAGAAAACAAAAUCAUGUUUCCAAACAGAAAGAGAGCUUGUACAUCUGAUAACAAGCUACCAUCACAUAGGAAUCAGAAUAGCUCCCCAAACCAAGGUAGAAAGUCAAUUGUUUCUUCAACAUUACUUCGAAAUUGGAAAGUGUAUAGUGAUGGAAGAAUAUCUUGCCCCCCCAAGUUUUUCGGUGGAUGCGGUGGUGAUUACAUUCUUGAUUUGAGACGCAUAUCUUACUCUGGUGGGGACAAAGAGCUACAAACAAGUGUGGAAGACAUAGUUAGCAGAUAUGACUUUACAGAUGCUACAGAUGUUGGUUCAUGUUGCUCAUUGUGCAGCAAUACAGAUAAUCAAUCAAUGGGAAUUAAGCUGUUGCUUGAAACAGCUCGGAGAGAUGAUUUAAGUGAAAACUUUCUAUAUUACCCAACCAUUCAGGACCUUCACAUUGAAAAGAUUCGACACUUUCAAAAUCAUUGGGGCAAAGGUCAUCCAGUCAUAAUUCGGAAUGUGAUUCCAGUUGCCACAAACGUACUUUGGGAUCCAGUUACCUUGUUCUGCACUUAUCUUGGAAAAAGUAAUGAAGCAAACAAGACAGAAAAUUGCCUGGAUUGGUUUGAGGUAGAACUCAGUGAUAGUCAGAUUUUUAUGGGCUCGACGGAGGGCCAAACCAAUGCAUUCAUGCGCCAGGAGACGGUAAAAGUAAAAGGUUGGUUUUGUCCAAAUCUUUUUCAAGAACAUUUCCCGGAGCAUUUUGCUCAGAUCAUGCACUUGAUGCCACUUAAAGAGUACUUGGAUCCAAAAUCUGGUCAUUUUAACCUAGCAGCAAAGUUACCAGAAUAUGUGUCGAAGCCAGACUUGGGUCCUUCUGUACAUAUUGCUUACGGAGAACCCGAGGAAUUUAUGCAGGGCCAUUUCAUUACAAGGCUUAGCUAUGAAUCCUAUGAUCUGGUUAAUAUUCUUGCACACACAAGAGAUGUACCGGUAUCCCAAAAGGAGCUCAAUAGGCUCAAAGCAUUGCUGGAGAAGUAUAAGGAUCAAGAUCAUAGUAAAUCUACAAAUAAGGUGGUUGAUCAGCCAAUAAGAAAUGAAGGUGAAGGAAGAUUAGAAUUCAACAGUGAAUGUAUGAAAGAUGUGACUAGAAAGUCAUCACUUCAAGAUGAAAACACCAAAGAUUUUGUCUUUCAGGAUAGGCCUGAAAUAGACUUAAACCUCCCUGAUAGAAGUGCACAAGCCUCUACAUGCUUAGUUGUUUCUAGAGGUGAUUUCAAAGGUGUCCAAUCCCAAAAUAUGUCAAAAGUGGAUGAACAAGACCAAGAAUUUGACCCUGAGACCACAAUUCAUUGCUCUGGGACCAUUCAUAGAUUGGAAGACCUGGAGGAUGAGAAUUCAUGUCGGCAUGAUAUAGAAAGCUCAAGUUGUAAAAAGGAGAAACCAGCAACCAAUUCUUCUGGUGCCCAGUGGGAUAUCUUUCGCAGGCAAGAUGUUCCGAAUCUUCUAGAGUACCUCAGAAAGCAUUGUAAUGAUUCCAUACCAGCAUACCAAAGUCCAGUUCAUGUGGUUCAUCCGAUUCUUGAUAACAGUUUCUACUUUGAUGCAUUUCAGAAGAUGCGUCUAAAAAAAGAAUUCAAUAUUGAACCUUGGACCUUUGAGCAAAAGACAGGCGAAGCUGUCAUCAUUCCUGCAGGGUGUCCAUAUCAAGUCAAAAAAUCCAAGCCCAGCGUCAAUGUAGUCCUGGAAUUUAUCUCUCCUGAAAAUGCUCCCGAGUGCGUCAGAUUGGCUGAUGAAAUCCGUUUACUACCUCAAAAUCACAAAGCCAAAGGGAAAUAUCGUGAGGUGCAAAAAAUGACCCUCCUUGGUAUCAGUGCUGCAAUCGAGGAAAUUAAAAGCCUUACAGACAUGGCAUCAAGCGAAAAGGAAGAAGUAAGCCUGUGACCUGGAUCGUCUUCCUGUUGCUAUCAGUUAUUGUUAAUGGCUUGCGCUAAACACUUACAGAAUGUAGGCUUGCGCAAAAAAUUACAGAAUGUCAAUUAUAGAGUAUUCCAUUAAGCCGAUCUGAUCAAGCAUACAAACUUGGAUCCAACAAUUUUUUUCAUUAAGCGCAUUGGUCAUAUUAUUGGAAGUGUUCAUGCUAAAGCUCAUCUUGGUUGUAAAUCCGAAAGGCAUGCAUUGCUGUGUAUGUGUUACCACUUAUGAGGCAAGGAUGUUACUGGUGUCCAGGGGUCGGGGGCUGCAAUCUUUUGUCAGUGGGUCAGUUUACCCUUGUAUGUUCAGUGUAUUGCCGGAGCAUGUAUAUAAGAUGAUGGUAUAAUUACAUAAUUUAAAAAUAGUUAGUCAAAUAUAAUCAGUUUUGUUUAUUUCAA